AUGGGCAAGUCAUCCAAAGAUAAGCGCGACGCGUACUAUCGCCUGGCCAAGGAGCAGGGCUGGAGGGCCAGAAGCGCCUUCAAACUGCUGCAACUCGACGAAGAGUUCGACUUGUUCGCCAACGUCUCGCGCGUGGUGGACCUCUGCGCCGCCCCGGGCUCGUGGUCGCAGGUCCUCUCGCGCGUGCUCAUCAAGAACGAGACGCUGGGCCGCAAGCAGUGGCAGGACCAGGAGGCGCGCCUCCGCCGACGCAUGCUCGCCAUGUUUCCCGACGCCGCCGCGCCGGCGCAGCAGGAGCGCGAGCGCGAGCGCGAGCACGAGCGCACGCCCCGGCCGCCGGGCGAGGACGUCAAAAUCGUCGCGGUGGACCUGCAGCCCAUCGCGCCGCUGGCGGGCAUCACGACGCUCCGCGCGGACAUUACGCACCCCGCCACGGUGCCCCUGCUGCUGAGCGCGCUGGACCCGGGGCGCGACGGGGCGGCGGGGGGCUCGGCGUCGCCGGCGUCGCGCCCCGUGGACCUGGUGCUGAGCGACGGGGCGCCCGACGUGACGGGCCUGCACGACCUGGACAUUUACGUGCAGAGCCAGCUGCUGUUUGCGGCGCUGAACCUGGCCCUGUGCGUGCUCAAGCCGGGCGGCAAGUUCGUGGCCAAGAUCUUCCGAGGGCGCAACGUGGACGUGCUGUACGCGCAGCUCAGGAUCUUUUUCGAGCGCGUCGUGGUGGCGAAGCCGAGGAGCUCGCGGGCCAGCAGCAUGGAGGCCUUUAUCGUGUGCCUGGGCUUCAGGCCGCCGGCGGGGUUCCGGGCCAGCUUGGAGGAGCCGCUCGGCGUGGGACGCAGGCUCGACGACAUGGUCAAGGCGAGGCACGGGCAGCUGCCUCUGACGGCGCAGACCAUCCUGCAGAACGCGGAGACGGGCGCGUGGGAUGGCGAGCCGGAGCCGCGGCCGGGGAUGAAGACGGGGACGGGGAAGCUGGCUGCUGCUGCUGGCAUUACGGAAUACGAAGUCUACGACGAGACGGACGGCGGCGGCAACAGCGGCGACAGCGGCGACAGCGGCGACAGCGGCGACAGAAGCACGCGAUGGAUUGCGCCUUUUAUUUCCUGCGGAGAUCUCUCGGCCUUUGACUCGGACGCGUCGUAUCUCCUGCCCGAAGACCAUGUCUCUCUCGACCCCGUGCAACCGCCUAUUGCGCCACCAUACAAACGCGCGGUGGAGCUGCGCGCUGCCCAGUCGUCCAAGGCCGCGAGGGAAUAA